UGGCGAAGCCGCGUCUCCCCUAGGCUGAAGCGACCUGAAGGCCGGGGCUCUGUGGUGAUAAGGAAACCGAGGCAUAGACAAUUUAAGUGACUUGUCCAAGGUCAUACAGCUUUUUAUUCUGUUUUCCUCAACUAGAAUGUAAGCUCCACGGUUGGAGGAAUUUUUGCCUAUUUUCUUCACUGUUACAUCAUUAGCUCCUAGGCUAAGAAAAUCACAAGGCACAUGUCAGUGAAUCAGCAAGAUCUAGAUCCAGAUAGUACUACAGAUGUGGAAGAUGUUGCAGAUGCUGAAGAAGAACUUAUUAAAAAGUGUGAAGAAAUGUGGAAAGAUAUGGAAGAAUGUCAGAACAAAUUAUCGCUUGUUGGAACUGAGACACUCACUGACUCAAAUGCUCAGCUGUCAUUAUUAAUUAUGCAAGUGAAAUGUUUAACUGCUGAACUCAGUCAAUGGCAGAAAGAAACUCCUGAAAUGAUUCCACUGAAUGAAGACGUUCUGGUAACAUUAGGAAAAGAAGAGUUCCAGAAAUUGAGACAUGAUCUUGAACUGGUAUUAUCUACUAUUCAGUCCAAGAAUGAAAAGUUAAAGGAAGACUUAGAAAGGGAACAAAAAUGGUUGGAUGAACAGCAACAGAUAUUGGAAUCUCUUAAUGUACUACACAAUGAAUUGAAACAGCAGGUUGUGACAUUUUCUGAAUCAAGAAUCUUUAAUGAGCUGAAAACAAAAAUGCGUCAUAUAAAAGACUAUAAGGAGAAACUCUUGGUAACCUUGGGUGAGUUUCUAGAAGACCAUUUUCCUCUGCCUGAUAGAAAUGUUAAAAAGAAAAAGAAAAACAUUCAAGAAUCAACUGCACAGCUGAUAACACUGCAUGAAAUGUUAGAGAUUCUUUUAAAUAGAUUAUUUGAUGUUCCACAUGACCCAUAUGUCAAAAUUAUUGAUUCAUUUUGGCCACCUUAUAUUGAGCUGCUCCUGCGUAAUGGAAUUGCCUUGAGACAUCCAGAAGAUCCAACCCGAAUAAGAUUAGAAGCCUUCCAUAAGUAAAAAGAUAGUCUUUUUUUUUCACACAGUACUUAAAGAAUCUUGUCAUUCAAGGAUAAUGGAAACACUGAGAAUUACUUGGAUAAAGAACAUAAGUUGCAAAUCAAAGCACAUAGUCCAUCUUCCUUUUAUGUUUAAAAUGACUCAUGCUGCCAUCUACUAUUCAUUUAAAAAUGGUCCUUUCACAGUCAGUCAGUGCUUUGGUAUUUUCAACUGGGUGGACAAGAAUGCAAGUAAAAAAUAUUUUAGACUUAAUCAUUAUAAAACUUUAAAUAUAUCUUAGUUCUGCAAUAUUCUUUGGAAAAUUCUUUGUUAAUUUAUGAUAUUGCUAAUGUAAUAUUUUUCUUUUAAAAUUUAUGACAGUUUCUUUUAUGCAUUUUGAUUUCCAUUUGAUGUUUAUAUCCUUUAGAUUUACAAAUUAUAAUGGAAAGGCAAUUUAAUUUUUAGGAGGUUUGAAAAUUGACUUAGUAUCUUAAUGUAGACGAAAGCAUAAUUUAAAAGUAUUUAGUAAAUCUGUUCCAUGUAUACUGUAAUAUUUCUAGAUUUGUUAAAAAUUGGAAUGUUAAAAAAACGAAUGGAUAAAGGUAGCAUGAAAACUAUAUUUUAAUGUGUAUUAUAUUACAAGUGAUAUAUAUAUUAAACCAUUCUCAAUUCUGUUAUUACUAACAAUACUGUGUUCAUAAAAUUUUGUUCAUUCUUUGUGACUUUUCUUUAAAUAAAAUUCUCAUUUAAAAAUCUCUAGCUUUUUGGAGGAUGUGGCUAGACUUUUCCAUAGGUAGAUAAGUGACAAUAUUAUAGAACUACAUAAAAGCUAAACUAGAGAAUUCCAAACAUCUUUUGUAUCAUUAGUUUUCUAAGAGUACUUAGUAUAUACUUUUAUUUUUGAAAAUGUUUUCUACUGUAUUAUAUUUUCCACGUUUCUUGUUUACCUUAUACUUCAUCUUUUUUAAAGUAGGCAAAAAUUGUUCCAAGUAUACCAUGUCUCUUUUAUAGAAAAUACAAAUACUGUUAUAUUUUAGAAAAUGUGUAAGUUCUUUUAUGGGAAGAUGACAUACAAAAGUACCUUCCUAGAAUAUUCUAGUUGGAAGUCAAAGGAAUGAGCAACUUCUUAUUCCUCAAAGUUACUGGAGAAAGGAAAAAAUGGUGCUGGCAGUAUAAGUCUGACAGUAAUUCUGCAGAGCAGAUAAUACUGUUGUCUAUGAACUUCUCUGUGUUGCAAAUUACGGAAAGAAACAGAUAAAGGCAAUAAACGACUUGAUUUAUUGUUGUCUUGAUUUCAUGUACAUCUAUUGGUUUGGGUCU